AUGGAAGAUCCAGAUUCGGAAGAGACUCGUCAUUUCGUCGAUCAGUUGAAUGCCAUCUCGGAGCCGUUUAUAGCUCAAGCUCCAAGCCGUGAGACGAUCAGGAAGCGCGUGAUCUAUCAACAAAAGAAAGUUACUGAGAAGGGUGAAGUUUUCCUAGAUCCGAACACGCUUUCGGCCGAUGGAACAACAUUUCUAAGAAUCUCGGCUUGGACGCAAGAUGGUUCGAUUUUUGCGUAUGGUUUGAGCGAGAAGGGAAGCGAUUGGGUUACUGUAAAGCUCGUUUUUGUGAUGGUUAUCGUUUUGGACUCUAGACCCAUCGAUUUCCGACAAAUGUUCAGCGAUUUGGUUGUUAUGUUAAUGUGUCAUGCGGGUCAACGUUUCCGCGGCGUUGAUAAGAAAGAUCUGGACGACACGAUCACAGGUGUAAAACAUUCUUCCCUCUCGUGGAUGAAGGACAAAACUGGCUUGUUUUACUGCAAGUACCCUGAUCAUAAGACCGCUAUCGAUGGCACAUCAGUGGAGAAGCACGAGAACCACUCUCUCUAUUUCCAUCGUAUGGGCACUGACUGCAAGGAUGAUGUUCUUGUGUAUGACCGCAGGGACAGUAGCAAUUUCAUGAUUGGAGGAACAGUGACAGAAGAUGGCCGUUACUUGAUCAUCGAUGUUUCUCGUGGAUGUGAUCCGUUCAACAUGUUGUACUACUAUGAUCUGUCUGCGAUGAAGGGUCCAAUUGGCAGAAUCGAUCCUACGCCAUUAUUCGACAAAUUGGAAGCGAAAUACGAGUAUGUGGAUCACGACGACGAUUCAAUGCUGAUCCACAGCAAUCACAAUGCUCCUAUGUUCAAGUUGAUAAGAGUAUCAUUGAAAGACAAAUCAAUCAAAGAAGUUGUACCUGAAAAUCCUCGCCACAAGUUGGACUGGGCUACACCAGUGGCAAAUGAUCGUCUUGUUCUCUCUUAUAUUGAAGAUGUAAAGGAUGCCUUAUAUGUACAUGAUCUCAACACGGGUUCACGAUUAUACUCGAUCCCAUUGAAAGUCGGGUCAAUUUCCGGGUUCUUUGGGAAGAAAACGCAUACUGAAAUGUUUUUCGGUUUCGAAUCUUUCACAGUUCCUACCAUCAUCUACAGUAUUGACUUUGCAUCCGUCGGGAAAAACGCUGUGCCCGAAGUCAAGGAAUUGCGGAGAGUCCUUGUACAUGGAAUGGAUGAGAAGGACUUUGCAGUAGAACAAGUAUUCUACGAGAGCAAGGACAAAACUAAGGUUCCUAUGUAUAUCAUCUCAUUGAAAGGUGCUCCAAGGAAUGGUGAUACUCCCACAAUUUUGAAUGGUUAUGGAGGGUUCAACGUUUCUGACAUGCCGUACUUUUCAAUCAGCCGUCUUCUAGUGGUAAAACAUUUCCGUGGUUUUGUUGCUUGCGCAAACCUUCGUGGAGGAAGAGUCCUUGUACAUGGAAUGGAUGAGAAGGACUUUGCAGUAGAACAAGUAUUCUACGAGAGCAAGGACAAAACUAAGGUUCCUAUGUAUAUCAUCUCAUUGAAAGGUGCUCCAAGGAAUGGUGAUACUCCCACAAUUUUGAAUGGUUAUGGAGGGUUCAACGUUUCUGACAUGCCGUACUUUUCAAUCAGCCGUCUUCUAGUGGUAAAACAUUUCCGUGGUUUUGUUGCUUGUGCAAACCUUCGUGGAGGAAGCGAGUACGGCGAGAAUUGGCACAUGGGAGGAAUGCGAGAAAAGAAGCAAAACGUUUUCGAUGAUUUCAUUGCUGCAGCCGAAUAUCUCAUUAAGAACAAAUACACGAACAGUAAGAGGCUCGCCAUUCAUGGCGGUUCGAAUGGUGGAUUACUGGUAGCCGCCUGUUCACAACAACGACCUGAGCUCUAUGGAGCGGUGUUGAAUCGUGUUGGUGUCAUGGAUAUGCUUCGAUUCCACAAAUUCACAGUCGGUGGAGCCUGGGUUCCAGAGUUCGGUAAUCCCGAUGUGGAGAAGGACUUCAAAUUCAUCUCAAAGUAUUCGCCUCUGCAUAACAUCAAAUUCCCUGAAGGAGGGCAAUGGCCAUCAACUUUGUUGAUGACUGCUGAUCACGACGAUCGCGUCGUCCCAAGUCAUACCUUGAAGUAUGCGGCCACGUUAUAUGAGAAGGCCAAAUUACACGAAGCUCAGACCAACCCACUUCUAGUCCGCGUUGAGGUAAAAGCUGGACAUGGUGCUGGGAAGCCUACUGCCAAAGUGAUAGCUGAAAUUGUUGAUAUGUACAGUUUUCUGCAGAGGGUACUGAACAUUGAAUGGAAAGACUGA